UAAAAGAAGUUUCAAAAGAAUUGAAACAUUAGUUACAUUCUCGCUAUAGUUCAUUUUUGGUUUUAAGCAACACAAAACCAAUCAACUCAGAAAAACCUCAUGCACAUCAUCUUCAAACGAUGUGGGAUCCCACUUGCAUCCUCCAAAUGAUAUUAUGUCACAAACCGCUUUUUUUCAGCAUCAUUUCCACGUAUACUUAUAAAAGACUUCAGAAUCAGUUUGGCGCAGUGUCGCUAUUCUUUGAUACAUAAUUAGUAUCAAAACUGAAGCACACAAAGAGAAAGAAAAAAUAGACAAAAAGAAAAAGAAAACGAGUCGACCAGAAUGGUCGGUUGCUCUGACACAGAAACACAAGUAAUGAAUCUCAAUUUGACUAGAUGCACAUCGUGACAUUGUUCACAUAGGCCGUAGUUACUUAGACAAAUAAGUGAAGAUGGUGUUGUGGGUCUCACUAGACUUGGAGACCGAGACCAAGACCGAGACCGAUAGAACACGACAGAGCAAAAGACCGAAUCCUGCAACGCUCAGCGAGAGAGCGACGGAGAAAAAUUAGGGUUUGGAGCUCAACUGAAACGGGAGCAAGCGCACUUUUACGCCCUUUUGCAAGGCAGGGAUCGGGGGAGCCAUAACGUUCACCCAAGAGUCGCACAAUAAUGAUGCGACACGGAGAUAGAGAGAAGGAGGAGGAGGGAGGAGAAUUUGGAAAGGGAAGAAGGGCGCCGGGGCAUAAAGUCAACAGCGAGGAGGAUUCGUUGCUGCUGCGAGAUAGGCUGCGUAACCACAGGGAAGCAAGCCAGCCAGGCUUACCGAGAUUAACAGAGAGCCGAGGCAGAGAGUCAACGUACCGGACCCUAAACUUAGUAUCGUUGGUUGAAGGGAGGCGCGGGUCACGGGCAGCGUCAGGUCAGAGCGCAGUCCGGCCAGCAGUGAAGGAAGAAGAAGAAGAGAGCAGAAAAAGCGCACAAAAAGAGAAAAACCCAAGAAACAAACACAAACAAAGGGAAAGAAAUUGAAAGAGAGGAAUGGGGAUAUGAUGGGGUUGUUGUUG